AUGGGCAAAAUCAACCUCACAGCCCUGCGGGUGCGACAAACCGCGCUCAGCCAAUUCGCCAGUGGCAAGACCAGCAAGCUGCCACAAUGGGUCGACGUCGUUGGCGAUAUCCCUCCUGCUGAGACCCUCAUCCGUACCCGUCCUCCUCAGCAUCAGCUUGUUCAACAGCGCCUGAAGACUAUUACUGGAUCCACGAAGCCGCAGGUCGUCUUCGAAGUUCAAGAGAAGCGCAGGAAACCGAAGAAGCCCAGCCGUACCUUCAUGCCCGUCGAGCUCAAAUACGAAGAGGAUCAAUUGCGAACCGAAUUUUUCCGUGACCACCCUUGGGAACUUGCUCGACCCCGUGUGCUGCUCGAAAGCACCGGUAAGGACUUCGAACACUACGAUUGGAGCCGCAUUGAACAGCCUGGUAAGCGGCUAGAUGGCGAAAGUGUUGUCCAGCGACAGCUAUGGCUAUUGAACAACGUCCCGGAUAUCAGCAAAAGUACCGCCUACGACAUUGCUCGUCGAGAAUUCUACCGACUUCGACUGAAGGAAGAUAUCCAGCGGCGCGUUGCCGCCGAGGAGGCAGCUGCUUACGGCGCAGAAUUCGGACCAUCAUACCUGGACAUUGGUAUGAAGCAGGAGAGCGAACAAUACGACAAAUGGGUUGCCUGGGCUCGUAACCAGGCUCAGGUGAUGAGCCAGCGGACAGCAGCUCUCAGUGGUGCCCCAGAGCUGGCGACUGAGUCCACUGAGACCGAUGCUGUCGAGGCCGAUGAGAGCGACGAAGUGGCCACUCAGUAA